CUGCCUUCUGGGGAGAUAUCGCUUUAGAUGAAGAUGAUCUGAAGCUGUUUCAAAUAGACAGAACUGUUGACUUAACAAAGCACUCAGAUGGAAACGCAAGACACACUUCAGGAGGCCUGGAAGAAGAGUCUCUUGUGUCAAGCGAGAACACCACUUCAACCGAUCGUAGUAACAAAGCAGUUAAAACGGACGGCAGGCAGAACACAACGCUUGCGGGGAGACCGAAGAGGAAGGAAUAUAAAGAUGAGUCUGGGAUGGAUACACACUCCUCUCUCAGAGUGCGCAGGGCAACCACAUCCAGGGCUGAGAGGAUCUGGCCAGGGGGGGUCAUCCCCUAUGUGAUCGGAGGAAAUUUCACUGGAACCCAGAGAGCUAUCUUUAAGCAAGCGAUGAGGCACUGGGAGAAGCACACUUGUGUGACAUUUGUGGAGAGAACUGAUGAAGAGAGUUUCAUUGUGUUCACGUACAGAACAUGUGGAUGCUGCUCAUACGUGGGUCGCCGAGGAGGAGGGCCUCAGGCUAUAUCCAUUGGGAAGAACUGUGACAAGUUUGGUAUUGUGGCUCAUGAGCUGGGUCAUGUCGUGGGUUUCUGGCAUGAGCACACACGGCCUGACAGGGACCAGCAUGUCACGAUCAUUAGAGAGAACAUACAGCAAGGUCAGGAGUACAACUUUUUAAAGAUGGAAGCUGGGGAAGUGAACUCGCUGGGAGAGACCUAUGACUUUGACAGCAUCAUGCACUAUGCUAGGAACACAUUCUCCAGAGGGGUUUUCCUCGACACCAUCCUUCCCCGUCGUGAUGAUAACGGGGUCCGACCAACUAUUGGUCAGCGUAUUCGCCUGAGUCAGGGAGACAUCGCUCAGGCAAGGAAGUUGUACAAAUGCCCAGCUUGUGGAGAGACCUUGCAGGACUCAACAGGGAAUUUCUCAGCCCCUGGCUUUCCAAAUGGCUACCCCUCCUACUCCCACUGUGUCUGGAGGAUCUCAGUGACCCCAGGGGAGAAGAUUAUGUUAAACUUCACCUCAAUGGACCUAUUUAAAAGUCGCCUUUGCUGGUAUGAUUAUGUGGAGGUACGUGAUGGCUACUGGAGGAAGGCUCCAUUACUAGGUAGAUUUUGUGGCGACAAGACCCCUGAAGUGGUAAUCUCCACGGACAGCAGGCUGUGGGUUGAGUUUCGGAGCAGCAGUAACAUCUUGGGCAAAGGCUUCUUUGCAGUCUAUGAAGCUAUUUGUGGUGGAGAAAUUCACAAAGAUGCUGGCCAGAUCCAGUCUCCCAAUUACCCUGAUGACUACAGACCUUCCAAAGAGUGCAUCUGGAAGAUCACAGUUUCUGAGGGCUUUCACAUAGGAAUCUCAUUCCAAGCCUUUGAGAUUGAAUGGCAUGACGCGUGUUCUUACGACUACCUGGAGAUCCGAGACGGUCUCACUGAAUACAGCCCACUGAUCGGUCACUUCUGCGGCUAUGAGAAGCCAGAAGAUAUCAAAUCCAGCUCAAAUAAAGUAUGGAUGAAGUUUGUGUCUGAUGCAACCAUUAAUAAAGCAGGCUUUGCAGCAAAUUUCUUUAAAGAAAUGGAUGAAUGUUCUCUGCCGGACAAUGGUGGGUGUGAGCAGCACUGUGAGAACACACUGGGCAGUUACAAAUGCACCUGCGAGCCUGGCUAUGAGCUGACAGCUGACAAAAGGAGCUGUGAAGCUGCCUGUGGGGGCUUCAUCACCAAGCUCAAUGGGACCAUUACUAGCCCUGGAUGGCCCAAGGAAUAUCCUACUAACAAAAACUGCGUCUGGCAGGUGGUAGCUCCAGCCCAGUACCGGAUCUCUCUGCAGUUCGAAGUGUUUGAGCUGGAAGGCAAUGAUGUCUGUAAAUAUGACUAUGUUGAGGUUCGUAGUGGGUUGGCUUCUGACUCCAAGCUGCAUGGCAAAUUCUGUGGCUCAGAGAAGCCUGAAGUCAUCACGUCGUAUGGCAACAACAUGAGACUGGAGUUCAAAUCAGACAACACAGUCUCCAAGAAAGGCUUUAAAGUUCACUACUUCUCUGACAAGGACGAAUGCUCCAAAGACAAUGGUGGUUGCCAACACGAAUGUAUCAACACUUUCGGGAGCUACGUAUGCCAGUGCAGAAAUGGCUUCAUGCUGCAUGAAAAUGGCCAUGAUUGCAAAGAAGCUGGUUGCGAGCACAAGCUGAGUGGUGCAGAGGGAACGAUGAGCAGUCCAAACUGGCCUGACAAGUACCCCAGCCGGAAAGAGAGCACCUGGGACAUCUCUGCAAUGCCUGGCCACCGAGUGAAAGUGACCUUCAAUGAGUUUGAGAUUGAGCAGCACCAAGAAUGUGCCUACGACCACUUGGAAAUGUAUGAUGGGCCCAACAGCAAGUCACCUGUCCUUGGCCGCUUCUGUGGCAGCAAGAAACCAGACCCUGUAGUAGCUUCUUCCAACAAGAUGUUCCUCAGGUUUUACUCUGAUGCUUCUGUGCAAAGAAAAGGUUUCCAAGCAAAGCACAGCACAGAGUGUGGUGGGCUCUUAAAGGCUGAAGUACGAACUAAGGAGCUGUAUUCUCAUGCUCAGUUUGGAGACAACAACUACCCAGGUCAAGCAAACUGUGAAUGGGUGAUUGUAGCUGAAGAUGGUUAUGGGGUGGAGCUGAUAUUCCAGACGUUUGAGAUCGAGGAGGAGGCUGACUGUGGGUACGACUACAUGGAGAUUUACGAUGGUUAUGAUAGCACUGCACCCCGCCUGGGACGCUUCUGUGGCUCAGGGCCUCUGGAAGAAAUCUACUCUGCAGGGGAUUCCAUCAUGAUUCGAUUCCACACAGAUGACACCAUCAACAAGAAAGGCUUUCAUGCCCGAUACAUAAGUACCAAAUUUCAGGAUGCAUUGCACAUGAGAAAGUAG